UCACUGCGCGUGCGCGCRCGUCGUUCACACAACGGUUUCUGUCGCCCGACCGACGUCCCGUCCCCGUGUGCCCGUCAGUCGGCCAUGGUUUCUUGACGUGCGAGUAGGCUGCCGCGCUACCACAGCCACAGCACACCACCGCUGCACACUGUGCGCUCACACACACACACACACACGGUUCCUCUGUUGUGUAUUGUUGUAGUGUACCACCACCGCGUACGUUCUUCGACGCUGCCGCCAAUAGUUGUUAAAUAUUUUAAUUUUUGAAAAAUAUCUCAAACCGUUUCGGUUCCGCGAACGCGACGCAUCACGGGAAUUCAUUUCGUUUUUCACCGGCACGAGCGGUGACGGCAACGGAUUUAACAACUUACGGUGCAUCGUUCGCAAUCCUUGUACGGGACACAUCGUUGUUACGCCACAAGGGUGUGCUACUGUUUUUUAUCCCCCCGGAGAGCACACAAUCGUACCCGUGUAUACGGCUCGUUUGAAAUGUCUACGUGCCAGACGACGCCAUCUUACUGUCGCCAUUGAAACGCGUCGGUGUCUGUAUCGCGCGUUUGUGUUUCCUGUCCACCCGACGCCACCGGUCGCACCGACGUCUCGGCUGUCCGGCUUCUGUUGCUGUUCUGCCUGCACCUCUUUAACACCGCCGCUGUCGUGUCACUUCAAGAUCCGAUUUUAGUGGUCGUAUACGCGUAACGUCUCCAAUCGCCGCCAUGUCUAAGACUGAAAGCGAAUGUUCGGCCGUCGACCGAGCCGAUGAAGCAGGCCGGCAAAAUGCCAGUUCCCCGCCUUUGGCCAUGGGGCCAGUGCAAAACACCGAUGACGACGGCAUUUCGUUUUGCGAGUAUCACGAUCUUCCGCCUCCUCCUGAUGGCGGAUACGGUUGGGUCAUCGUGUUCGCCAGCUUCAUGUGCAACAUGGUUGUYGACGGAAUCGCUUACACCUUUGGAGUGUUCCUCGGCGAAUUCGUCAAGUAUUUUGGAGAAGGCAAGGGCAAGACUGCUUGGGUUGGCAGUCUCCUGUCCGGAAUGUACCUCAGCGCAGGUCCUAUAGUCAGUGCUUUAACAAACAAAUAUGGAUGUCGUGUAGUGUGCAUAGCAGGCAGUAUCAUCGCGUCUAUUGCCUUUGCGCUCAGCACACUAUCACCAAACGUCAAUGUCUUGAUGCUCACUUAUGGUUUUAUGGGUGGUAUUGGAUUUGGCCUAAUCUAUUUACCAGCUGUAGUAUGUGUUGGCUACUACUUUGAAACAAAACGAUCCUUAGCCACCGGUAUUGCUGUWUGUGGUUCUGGUUUUGGUACCUUUGCUUUUGCGCCCCUUGCCACAAUGCUUCUCAGAAACUUUGAUUGGAAAGUCUCAAAUUUGAUACUUGCUGGGAUGAUUCUAUCAUGUGCCUUAUUUGGUGCUUUAAUGAAACCUCUAGAAUAUCCAAAUGAAGGCUGUAAACCAUUACUCCAAAGAAUGGCAGAUGAAAAGCGCAUGCAAAUGGAACGUGGAUCUAUAGGCGGAUCUUAUUUCAUUGUACAACUUAAAGAUGGGUCAUUAGAAAAAAGACAAAAGUUACCACUAAACAUUGAUCCUGGCGUUCAUUCAAGUUUUAACUUGGAUGAAUUGGUAGGUGGCACCGGAUCUCCUAUGACGCCAAUACCAACCAUGGCAGUUUUACCUACAAUUAAAGAAGUGAAAGCUCCAGAGCAAAGUGGAUCUAGCAAUAGUUCUAGCAAUGCUGGAAGUGGAGAAUUUAAAUCUGAUAAAAAAGACAAUAAAAUAGAAAACUCAAAACCAGAAGUACUUGAACAAAAUGGCGAAACAAAUGGAAAUGGAGAGUUAGCUGAAAUGAAGGCGGCCAUUCCAAGAAAUGCUUCUCAACCUGCAUUUACUACUCAUGUUCAAGGCUUACCAAAAAAUGGUUCAGUACCAUUUUUCGAUCGUAUUCGAAAAACAAGUGCCAGCGAACGUUAUCGACCUACUUUGGGACCAAUUAAAGUAUCUCGACCUAAUCUCAGUUCAAAUGGAGAUAUUCGUAAAUCUAUACAUUUAAGAUUAUCGAAUGUAUCAAUACUUGGUAGUAAAAAUAAUAACGCUGAAGAUAUGUGGUCAAAUGUGGAUACCGACAGCAUUGGAUAUACUUCAUCUAAAACAAGCAUAAGAGGAAAAGAAACUGUGCGUCCAAUGUCUAGAAAAGAUAUCUUUUACUCGGGUAGUGUUUUGAAUUUGCCCGAAUACCGAUCACAAAAAUCACUCGCUAGCUAUCGCCAAAGUAUUUUGUCAUUACCAAAAUCCAUGAUGAAAGAUAACGAUAACGAUAAAGAUGAUGAUGAAGAAAUAGAUGAAGGUUGUUGUCCAUUUUUACCAGAAUCUAUUAACUCUGUAUUGUCUUCCAUGAUGGACACAAGUUUACUUAAAGAUCCUGUAUUUAUGAUAAUUGGCAUCAGCAAUGUAUUUGGUAUGGCUGGACUUUAUGUACCUUUUGURUAUUUAGUAGAUGCUGCCAAAGAAUCUAGUUCAAAUAUCGACUCAAAUCAAGCAUCAUUUCUGCUGUCUAUUAUUGGUAUAACCAAUACCAUUGGACGUGUGGUUUGUGGUUUUGUUGCUGAUUUCCCUUGGGUUGAUUCGCUGUUCCUCAAUAAUGUAUGUUUAUUAAUCAGUACUGCUGCUGUUGCCGCAACACCCUUCUGUGUCACCUAUACGCAUUAUGUUAUAAUGGCAGUCUUCUUUGGAAUUGCAGUCUCUGGCUACAUAUCAUUAACAUCCAUUAUUCUUGUGGAUCUAUUGGGCCUGGACAAACUCACCAAUGCCUUUGGUCUUUUGAUAUUAUUCCGUGGAGCAGCCGCAAUUAUUGGAUCGCCAUUAGCUGGUGCAGUUUAUGACUACACAAAAUCAUAUGACUGGCCAUUCUUUAUGGCUGCUGUAUUCUUCCUGUUGUCUGCAAUAACUAGUUUUAUGGCAGCUCCGUUAAAACGUUAUUUGGACCAGAGACAGAUGGCCCUACCUCAAGAUGAUGAUGAUGCGCUAACUCCAAUUGAUGAGGAUGAUGAAGAAGAUGAUGAAGAGGAAGACAACACGCACCAUCAUCAUCACCAGGUCCCUACUAUCAUUGAAACGGCUCCUACGCCAAAUAAACCACCAUUACAAGAAAUUAAACAGAUAGAGUCAGUGGUUUAA